CAGGCCCGCCCCCAGAAGGCGCGCGCACGCGUCAGACACUUCACACCCGGCGCAACGGCUCAGUGGCCUCGUGGGCGCGCUACAGGAUGGAGGCUAACGUGGUCGUGAUGGGUACGCAGAGCGUGGGAAAGUCCGCACUUACAGUGCGCCUGUUGACGCGAAGAUUCAUUGGAGAGUAUGGAGAUAUUGAGUCCGUCUACAGUCACAGAUUCAUGGUGGAGGGCAGGGAAAUUGCUGUUAAUAUUUGGGAUUCGCCGUAUUCUCAGGACGUCUCGGCGAAGGCGUCCCUCCUGGACAGGAAGCUCCGAUGGGCCGACGGCUUCGUCCUGGCCUACAGCAUCUGCGACCGCGCAAGCUUCAACGGCGUCGUCCGCCUGGUGCGCACCAUCAAGUCCGCUCGAGGCCACCUCGACGCCGACGAGACGCCCGUGGCCAUCGUGGGCAACAAGCGCGACCUCCACCACCGGCGGACGGUGACCAGCGAGGAGGGCCGGCUGCUGGCCCUCCACGCCGGCUGCCUCUUCUACGAGGUGUCUGCGGCCGAGAACUACCACGGCGUGCUGGCCGUUUUCCACGGGCUGACGGGCAGGAUGAGGGACGCCAAGACGGCCGCCAAGAGGCCGCUGGGCCUCAGGGGCAUCGUCAAGACCGUGUCUGCCGUGUUCGCCAGGCGACGGACGGACUCCGUUUAGGAGAACCGUGGGGAGGGAGGACAGAGGUGCGUCGUGGGAAUCCCAUCCAGUGUUCCAAAGACACUAAUGACGCUUGAAACCUGAAGACAUGAGCGGAAACAAGUACUGGGUACUGUACAGUGGCAGCGAAGUCAGCUCACUUCCCAAUUAGCCGAACUUUGGCAGAUGGUGAACAAAUCCAUCCC